AGGGGAGGUUGGAACUUGGAAAUGGACGCACGCGCGGAGCUUGGCAUCCAUCCAUCAGAUUGGACCGACCCGCCCCCUUCCUCUUCUUCCUCCGGCGGCCACUAAUCGCCCGCCGCUACGACUUGGAACUUGGACCCCUUCCCCUUCCUUCGCUUCCGUUCCAUUUCCCCGCUCGCCCACCUCAAUUAUCCAGCAGGCACCACCGCGGACCUCCCGUUCCGAUUUCUCCACCACCCAACCCCCCACCCCCCAUCGAUCUUUCUUUCUUCCGUUCCGUGUGUGGCGCGGCAUCUCCCCCGUGGAGUACAAGAGUCUCUGCGGAUUCUCGCGAGCUUGCGAGUCAACCUAGACUCUCUCCGGUCAGGUUUGCUGGCUCUGCCUGCCGCUGACCCGGAGGAGGAGGAGCCAGGAGGGAAGAGCGCGCGGCCGCCGGUGAUGGACGCCGGAGGAGGGGUGCAGGCGCAGGGGGUCAACCCGGACUGCCCCAACGCCGCCAACCCCUUCCACCGCUGCGCCGAGUACUGCCCCGUCCCGGCCCCGAGGGCCGCGCCCAAGCCGUCCCCGCCUCGUCCCCGGCCGGCGCAGAACGGGACCAGGAACGGGGACGGCGGGAAGCGGGUUGUCCCCGCUGCCGCCGCCGACGGCUCGGAGGAGGAGCGGGCGGUGAACCCGGACUGCCCCAACGCAUCCAACCGCUUCCACACCUGCGCGGAGUACUGCCCCGUCCCGCCCCCACGAGCGGCGGCCAAGUCGCCACCGCCACCGGGGCCGCGCCACGCGGUGCAUAACGGGACCGCGCACCGCGACGAGGAGGAAUGCGAGAUUACGGCCGCCGAUGAUUCGGAUGAGGCAGGCAAGAGCGUCGAAGAGUCUCCGGAGGUGGGCGGGGCGAGGAGGAGCGCGCGGCCGCCGGCGAAGGACGAGGAGACCGGAGGAGAGAGGCAGUGGCAGGUGGUCAACCCGGACUGCCCCAACGCCGUCAACCCGUUCCACCGCUGCGCCGAGUACUGCCCCGUCCCGCCCCCCAGAGCCGCGGCAAAGCAUCCGCCGCCGGCACAGAGUCAUGACGGGAGCACGCACAGCGACCCUGGCGGGCUGCACCCCAGGCCGCGCCGCCGCGACAAGGGCGGCGGCUCCGGCGGCCUCCCCCUCUACGUCUUUCUGCGCGAAGGUUCUGAUGGCGACGGCAAGAAGGUGGAUCCCCGGUGCCCCAACGCGCCCAACCCAUUCCACGUCUGUACCGACCAUUGCCUCGCCAAGAUGGCUGAGGCUGGCCGCUCGUCGGAGGGCGCCAAGUCGCCAUUAUCCCUCUUCUCUCGCCACUCCCGCCGCUCCUCGUCGUCGUCCGAAGAGGGUAGCGUGAAGUCGGCUGGAAGUAGGAAGGUGGAUCCGAAGUGUCCCAAUGCCGGCAAUCCGUUCCAUGAAUGUGGUGAGCAUUGUGGUGCCAAGAUGCAGCAGGUGGAGCAGCACAAGGGGACCAAAAUGCAGUCCCCGCGAAAGAAAGGGGGAAAGGAUGUUACCGUGAUUCCAAAUUGGAAGGUUGAUCCGAGGUGCCCUAAUGCGUCCAAUCCAUUCCAUAUGUGUGCCCAGUAUUGCUUUGAUCAUUUGAUUGAAACAACGCAGACAAGUGCAACCAAGUCAGACAAGAAAAAAGGCAAGGCUGUUUCUAAAGAAGUAGAAAGAGAAAUUAAUCCUGAUUGUGCCAACGCAUCCAACCCCUACCACAAGUGUGGUGAACACUGUAAGAGAAAAGGGUGAUAGAUGAGGAAGGCUGUUGAGACAAGGCUUCUUCGGAUGACCAAUGAUGGCGAAAAAUAAGCAAAUCCCAUCUACAAUAGUCUUUCAGUAGAGGCUGUGUUUUCUGUCGGCUCCAUUUUGUAGAGUGGCUGCGGCUGUUUCAAUCUUUUGCAGUGUGCUUCCAUAUGUAUAUUUUUUUCAUUGUGCCAUUUGCACCAUAACACAUAUAUAGGCCCCUCCCAUGUAAUGUAUUUCCUGAAGGUUGUACAAAUAGAAGCUUCCUAUUUGUUCUUUUUUUUUUGCACUUAUAUAUAAAUGAAGCAGGUCUUCCAUCCCAUCAUCA